AUGCUAAACCGCAGUGCACUUCUUGAGGAAAUUCGUGCUGGAGUUGCGUUGAAGGCAACGAAGACGAUCGAUAAAAGCCAUCCUGUUUUAAAAGCAGAUGGUGAAAAUAUUCGUAAAAUAAACGCACCUCCUCCACCGGCUCCACCUCAGCCACCGUUUGCAGCAAAACCUAAAGCAUCGCCCAUGGGUUCGCCGCCUCCGCCGCCGCCGCCGCUUCCGCCACAACCACCAGGCGCGGUAGUACAAUCUGUUUACAGUUCAAACAGAGCGUUCGGUGCAGCCUGUUCCAAUACUUCGUCACCUCCAAAAUUCGACAGGGAAGCACUACUAAAUGAUAUUCGCCAGGGCACGAAGCUGCGUCACAUAGAGGUCAAAGAAAAGAGUGUGUUCGAUCCGCAAACUUUGAGGAUUGUUUCUGAGCAUCCUAAACAACAGUCGCCGGAAGCCUGCGAAAUGGCACCGAAAAACAAGGCCUCUCAGUAUUACCGAUCGAAGGAAGUAAAAUUUCCGUUGCUUAGCAAAAAGACGCAGACGGGGACAAGUGAAGUGCCGAUGAAAAGUUCCGAAAGGACAGAGGGCUGCACAGUCAAUCAGUCAGAAAUAGCGUUGAACAAUCGUUUGAUUGCGGAAGAACUGCAGUCUUCUAAGAUUCUGGCCACCCGCUUCGGGAAGCUGAUCUCUGCGGAGAAAAGCGUGGUCUCAAACGACGUUGUCACCAAACCAGGCUUGAGAAAAGAAGCUUCGGUCGCAGCGGUUCGCGCCGGCAAAAUUUCGAAGACUGCUGUUCCCUUCGAUUCAAUGGCUAACGGACUAAACGGACAUGAUUCAUCGCUGGGAAUAGUGCAAGCCGACGUCGUGGGUCGCUCGACUGCCAAUACAACUAAAUCUGCAGAUGCACCGGUUGUCAGUAACAGUGCAAACAUACUUCAGAAUGGUCUAUCGCCUAUCGGCUGUGUAUCGCGUAAGCCAGCUUUUAACAGGAAUAUGUUUCUAAGAAAACCGUCCAAGUAUUUAUCCGAAAAUGACGAAAUGCCGUACACAAAUAUCGAUUCUUCACCUACUGUGGAGGAAGUGCAGACUGGCAAUAAGAAAAUCAUCGAUGGAUCGCUGCGCGUGCUAAGUCCUUUGCAUGUUACUUCCGGAAAUACGCCCAACGGCUAUUUCCAGGAUACUGAGAGUUCAGGGCAAAAGCCAAAGGACACACAUUCGUCGCAGGGGACUAAUGCUCACAGAUUCCUUCCUGGUGUAAAUGGACUAAAACAGAAGUUUGAGCAACAGAACAGCAAAGAGAAGGUUCGAUUAUCUUCGACUAGCUCUGAGUCAGCAGCGGACAGCUAUGUGUCGCUUGACGGUAUGCCUAAGAGAUACAUAUCGACAGUAACUAAAAUGCUGGCCAACCGCACUAUGGCGAACGCAGAAAUUCGCCGCGAUCCAAGAGCUAUGCUGGUAGUUAACCAGAACUCAUCUAACGUGACUGUUCAGAAUCGGCCUUCGAUCGAUCCGGAGUCCGCGAAAGCAACGGGAAACGGCCUGCACGUGGACAAGGACAGCGGCGACGAUGUCUUCAGAAACCACGGCACCAUCAGUAAGUGCAAAUCGCUGUCGGACGAAAGUGUUGACUUGGGAGUAGCUCAACUGACGGGUAUCCCAGUUGACGCCCUGCGCCAGUUUCGAUUCGAAAUCGACCUAAAUGAUCCUGAAGGUGCUAUACUGAAGUUGAAGAAAAGAUUUUUUUUCUGUGCUUCUCAAGAAGAUGCAUGA